ACAGAUAUGACCUCUAUUCUUCUGCUAUUUAGAUCUCUCUUCACCCUACAACCUAGUAGAGAUGCAGACAUAGAUUCACUUCUUUACUCUCACCCUCUUUCUUGCUUUUAGUUAAUCUCUCCCAUAUUCUCUUUUCCAGCUUUUUACUGGUCAAAUCCCUUCUGACUCUGUUUAUUCUCCUUUUUCUCAAUUGGGUUCCGGUUUUCUUGAAUCUUUUUGACUUGUGUAGUAUUUGAGUCACAAAUUUCACCAAGAUCUUCCCUUUGUUCUUUCUGUGGUACUGUCGUGGGUGUUUUUUUUUUUAAUUAAUCAUACUCUUCUUUCUGAUGUGGUAAAGCAUCCAAAAGCUUAGAUCAGAUUCUUCUGCUGUUUCUUGAAAUUUCCUUGGGCAUUGGAAAGGUGGGCCUGCUCAAGAUUCCCCAUCUUAUGCUCAUGUCAAAGAGAAAUUUUUGUAUUCCCUUUAAAUGCUUCUUGACUUAGAUGCAUUCUUGCUCACAUAAAAGUCUCCACUUCUCUGCAUUUCCUCUCGGGUUUUCAUUGUCUAUGGCCUUCUAGUUUUUGCCAUGCCCACCGACUGUAUGCUAAAGUUACCAGCAGAACAAUGAAAAGAAUGGAAAUUCUGUUCCCAGCGUCAUAUGCUAGAAACUCAAGCUGGUUGUUCGAAGAAAGCAGAGGCACAAAAUGGACGCCGGAAGAGAACAAACUGUUCGAGAAGGCGCUUGCUUUAUUCGACAAGGAUACGCCAGAUCGCUGGUACAAUGUGGCAGCUCUGAUUCCCGGCAAGACGGUGAACGAUGUGAUUAAACAGUACAGAGAAUUGGAGGAAGACGUGAGUGAUAUAGAGGCAGGAUUGUUUCCAAUUCCAGGAUAUGAAACCAACUAUUUCAGGCUGGAGUGGGAGAACGAUCAUGGCCAUGAUGGGUUCAAGCAGUUCCAUAGUCCAGGCGCGAAGCGAAGCUUGUCGGCCCUGCCUGCUGAUCAUGAAAGGAAAAAGGGGGUGCCAUGGACAGAGGAGGAGCACAGGCUGUUCUUGAUGGGGCUCAAGAAGUAUGGCAAAGGGGACUGGAGAAAUAUUUCUCGCAACGUCGUGACGACUAGAACCCCUACUCAGGUUGCUAGCCAUGCCCAGAAGUACUUCAUCCGGCAGCUUUCUGGAGGGAAGGAUAAGAGGAGGUCAAGCAUCCAUGACAUCACCACGGUUAACCUCCCGGACACUAAAUCUUCUUCACUGGACAGCAGGAGACCUCCAUUUCCGGAUCACUCUGCCAUGGUUGUGCAGCGACAGGAGCAUCCGAAUUUGAAUCUUCCGGCUAGAGAACCAUAUAACUGGGGUGUGCCAGAUCAAGGAAUGCCCAUGGCCUCUAGUAUGCCGAAUAGCAGCAUGCUUAUGGGAUCUCAUUCAUAUGGAGUUAAGCUGCAGGAACAAAAUCUUCAAAGGGGCAGGCCCUGGGGGCCUCAGAUCGGAACUUACAACAUGGUUUUCAAAUGAUUUCAUCCGGUUUCAUCCAUCAAGUUUGGUCUUUCUGUCCCGAGCUCUAUCUUGGUUCUGCUGUAAAUAAGUUAAUAAACAUACUAGUUAGUACUGAUCGUGGCCAUUAGACUCUAGAAGAAGAUUAGUGAAGCAAAGUGGGUAACUUAGCCAGGUCAAGAUUGUGCUGUUUCCAUGUCAUAUAUCCAUUUGGUAUAGGUCUGGAGACUGGAACCUUCUACGGAUUAGGCUGCUGUACAUGGUCAAGUUCUAACCAAGAUGAGAGCUGGACUGGAUGAACUCGAGGAAAGAGGACGAUGACUGGGAUCAAUGAGAUUGUAUAUAGAUCUUGACUGGAAAAUGCUGUAUCUGGUUGUGUUCAUAUAAAUGCUCACUGUGAAAUGUCCACAAAUGUCGAUCAAGGAUUAAAUGACUCUGUAGCUCUACUAAGUGAUGUGAUUAAAACUUUGACAUGGGUGCUGUCUAAGAGCCACCAACUGAAGAAUCUUAUGCUUCAUUCCUCCACUUUUUGCUUUGUUCUGUUCUAGAGGAGAUGGCAAUGUCCCUUUCCCACUUUUCUUCAAGCUUGGAGAAGAAGAUCUUAUUUUAUAUACCAACUACUGGUCAAAUUGUUAAAGUAAAGAAUCUUGAAUCAUUUUCCAUGCCAUUGUAUCUAGUUAAUAGCCUCUUUUUUCUCUGUGUAAUCUUGUGUUAUGCUUAGUGAUACAAAUGGUUUAGAACUUAAGAGGUCUCUAUGCUUGCUUGUGAGCCACACAUCUUAAAAACCCUGUUCAGGAAACACAAGGUAUCUAGCUUAAGCAAGAUAAUGUAGUUUAUUACAAAUUUGAGGAUGGAUUUGUUAUUCCUCCUUUGCAGGAGGAAACCUCAAUUCUCCCUCCCAGAUCAAGUCAUAGUUCAGAUGCCAUCAUUGACAGAUUGGACACUAAAAUGCAAGCAUAGAGACCUUUCCUA